UCAACUAAAAUUUAGGAACUUAUUUAGGCGGAUUGCAGUUGAUUUCAGUUAUUAUUUGGACGGCUAUAUUAUUUUCGCCAAACGAAAGUUGCCUAGACGGAAAGUUACAAUUAGAAUGGCAGACGCGCGCAAUAAUAAACGAAUGUUAAGGAUUCGUGACAAUGUGACAUUAUUAUGAAGCGAUUGCUGUAAUUCGUGUCUUCCGAUUGCGGCGACAUGUUUCGUGCGAAAUACUUGUCCAAAGCGACGUGCUUGCUCCCCACUCGUUCCGCGUUUACGAGUGGUUUCGUCAAUGGUCCGCCGCAAAGGCGGUGUCCUAGCAUCUCAUCGAAAAAAUUUUACUGCAGUAAAGAUGAAAUCAAGAAGGUGAGCAGCGACACUCUUCGUUUGAAAGACUGCAAGCCUGUGGACAUUAAUCCUUCUGAACCGAAAAAGAGAAUUCCGUCGAUACAAGAGUGCCGAAACGAUUUGGGGGGAUUGUCGCAGCCGGAUGGAUCUUCCGAUGGAAACAAUCGCAACGAAAAAGGGCGAAGUAAAAUUAUAAUCGGACUUAUUGUCGCGGCCGUUGCCGCCGGAGCCCUCUAUUUCGUGGUACUGGGACGCGACAAAGUGCAGGAACCCGCGGCGAAACAGAAAAAGUCGAAAUCUGUCAAAAAAGCCAUUAUAGAAGUGAGGGAUCCGAAAGAAUCGAAGGACAUUCCCAAAGCGGUUCCGUACCUGUUGAUCGGUGGAGGCACCGCCUCGUUCACCGCGUUCAGAGCUAUCAAAUCGAGCGAGCCCACCGCCAAGGUGUUGAUGAUAUCCAACGAAUCUUUCUAUCCGUACAUGAGGCCGCCCCUUUCGAAGGAAAUCUGGUUCAACGAGGACGAGGGCUCGGUGAAAAAUUUAAUGUUUAGGCAGUGGAACGGUUCAGAGAGAAGCUUGUUUUACGAGCCGGAAGAUUUUUACACAAACUGCAAAGACCUGAUGCAGAGCGAGAACGGGGGCGUAGCAGUAGCCCGCGGGUGGACCGUCACCCGUAUCGAUGUGAUGGAAAAAGUCGCCUACUUGGACGACGGGACCGCCAUUCAGUAUGACAAAUGCCUUAUCGCAACAGGGGCCACGCCGAGGCUGCCCCCCGUAUUCCGGGUGGCCGUCACGGACGAAAACCUCAAAGAUAGAGUGAAACUGUUCAGAAACAUCCACGAUUUUCAAGACGCUCACGAAGCGUUCGAAAAGGCGAAAUCGAUAGCGAUCGUCGGGGGGGGAUUCUUGGGCAGCGAGCUGGCCUGCGCCUUCGGCAGGAAAGAUAAACGAAAAGCGAAGGAAAUCUACCAGAUAUUCAGGGAAAGCGGAAACAUGGGCAAAAUCCUACCGGAGUAUCUCAGCGUGUGGACCACCGAGAAGGUUAGGGCGGAGGGGGUAAACGUCAUUCCGAGCACCGAAAUCGUGGGAAUUCGGGACGUCAACGGCGCGGUUCAGCUGACUUUGAAUAGCGGUAAAACGAUCACGAUCGAUUUCGUUUUGGUCAGUUGUGGGGUGGAGCCAAACACCGAACUAGCGGAAAUGUCCGAUUUGGAAGUCGACCCGGAACUGGGCGGUUAUCUGGUGAACACCGAAUUGCAGGCCCGAACCGAUGUUUACGCGGCCGGAGAUUGCGCCUGCUUCUACGAUCCGAAACUCGGCCGUAGACGGAUCGAACAUCACGACCAUUCGGUGGUUUCCGGCCGGCUGGCCGGCGAAAACAUGGCGGGGGCGCGCAAACCGUACCACCACCAAAGCAUGUUCUGGUCAGAUCUGGGGCCGGACGUGGGCUACGAAGCGAUCGGCGUAGUCGAUUCGUCUCUGCCUACGGUGGGGGUCUUCGCUAAGGCGACCGAGGGGGAUACCCCGCGGGCGGUCGUGACGGAAUCGAACGAAGGCGACAGAUCCAAAACGGAAAACCUGCCUCAGGAGUGCGAAAAGUUCCUUUCGGACGAGGAGAAAGAAAAACUGAAGGAAACCCAAAAAAGUUUGGCGCCCAAAAAGAACGAAGGCGAAGAUUUCGGAAAAGGCGUGGUGUUCUACUUGCGGGACGACGUCGUCGUCGGCAUCGUGUUGUGGAACGUGUUCAACCGGAUGUCCAUAGCGAGGCAGGUGCUCAAAGAUCAGAGGAAAUACGACGACCUCAACGAGGUCGCCAAACUGUUCAACAUUCACGAAAAUGAAAAUAAUCCGGAUUGAGUGAUAUUUGGUGCCGUAAAAACGAGACUCGUUUACCGUUAGGAUUUAUAUCUUCUUGCAUUUUCACGUUUGUAUCGGUUUUUGUACAUAUAACUCUAAUAAAAGC